GGCCCAUUAAUCAAUAAACAAGGCUCCUAGGCUUGACCUAGCCCACUACUCCGACCUGUCAGUCAGGCAGCCGCGUAUACCACUCCUGGCGCAAGGCGGGGGAGUAUCGUCUGUCCUAGAGUUUUGCUAGCACCUUUUUCAAAGUGAUCUUAGCUUGCUUCUUACAUGGGAGCCCCCUGGACUUCCUACUUUCACUGCAGAAGCUUCUGAUCUACAGCUGCCAGAAUCGUAAGCACGGACCUUUAGGAUAUCAUUUACAUUAAGCCCGAGAGCUCUUCUCUGCUUGCUCUAAAAUGCUGAGGUACUGGGGAGAGAUACCAAUACCGUCAGGACAGACCAACAGAAGUUCCUUUGAUCUGCUCCCACGGGAGUUCCGUCUGGUGGAGGUCCAUGAUCCGCCCUUGCACCAGCCCUCAGCCAACAAGCCGAAGCCCCCCACGAUGCUGGACAUCCCCUCAGAACCAUGUAGCCUCACCAUCCAUACCAUUCAGUUGAUCCAACACAACCGACGGCUGCGCAACCUUAUUGCCACAGCUCAGACGCAGAGUCAGCAGCAGACAGAGGGUGUGAAGGCUGUAGAGAGCGAACCUCUUCCCUCCUGCCCUGGCUCACCUCCUCUCCCUGAUGACCUCCAGCCUUUAGAUUGUAAAAAUCUCAAUGCUCCAUUCCAGAUCCGGCACAGUGACCCAGAGAGUGACUUUUACCGUGGGAAAGGAGAGCCUGUGACAGAGCUGAGCUGGCACUCCUGCCGGCAGCUCCUCUACCAAGCAGUCGCCACAAUCCUGGCCCACGCAGGCUUUGAGUGUGCUAAUGAAAGUGUCCUGGAGACCCUAACUGAUGUGGCACAUGAAUACUGCCUCAAGUUCACCAAGCUGCUGCGCUUUGCUGUCGACCGGGAGGCCCUGCUGGGACAGACUCCUUUCCCUGAUGUAAUGGAACAGGUGUUCCAUGAAGUGGGCAUUGGCAGUGUGCUGUCCCUGCAGAAGUUCUGGCAGCACCGCAUCAAGGACUAUCACACUUACAUGCUACAGAUUAGUAAGCAGCUCUCUGAAGAAUAUGAAAGGAUUGUGAAUCCCGAGAAGGCCACAGAAGACACUAAACCUGUGAAGAUCAAAGAGGAGCCUGUGAGCGACAUCACAUUUCCUGUCAGCGAGGAGCUGGAAGCCGACCUUGCUUCUGGAGAUCAGUCCUUACCCAUUGGGGUCCUCGGGGCUCAGAGUGAGCGUUUCCCAUCCAACCUGGAGGUGGAGGCUUCGCCACAGGCUUCAAGUGGGGAGGUCAAUGCCUCUCCUCUCUGGAACCUGGCUCACGUGAAAAUGGAGCCUCAGGAAAGUGAAGAAGGCAAUGUGUCUGCGCAUGGGGUGCUGGGCAGUGAUGUCUUUGAGGAGCCAAUGUCAGGCAUGAGUGAGGCUGGACUCCCUCAGAGUCCUGACGACUCAGACAGCAGCUAUGGUUCCCACUCCACUGACAGCCUCAUGGGGUCCUCCCCUGUUUUCAAUCAGCACUGCAGGAAGAGGAUGAGGAAGAUUUAACUGCAGAGGAACAGACCUACAGCAGCCAGCAGAAAGCCCUGUUGGCUGGACUGUCUCCAUAAGUAGUGAUUAGAUUGUACUCUUCUUCUUCUUCUUCUUCUUUUUUUUUUCUGGUUUUUCGAGACAGGGUUUCUCUGUAUAGCCC